CUACGCAACCUCAGAAUAAUCGCUUAGAGAAAAAAUGGAACGACCGUGAAUCGAAAGCCGAGCCGGAAUCCCUUCAGAAUGGAGCCCGUGUACCGUGAAUGGGACUCAGUCCAGCAAGUCGAGUACAUCUACCGCCGUCGGACAAUCUCUGCUGUGGAUUCGCCGUUGGAAAGAGUGCGUGUGACCCCGCAUCGGAGUCGUGGACGGAAUUUUUUCCGCGAUGUGUUCUUGCCCAUUGGAUAUCCGCAUUCCGUGUCCGCGGAUUAUGCCACCUAUCAAAUUUGGGACACGGUCCAGGCUUUUGCUAGCAAUAUAUCCGGGUCCUUGGCCACUCAGGCAGUUCUCGAAGGAGUUGGGGUCGGGGAUGACUCGGCCACGGCCUUAGCCGCCACAAUCACGUGGCUACUCCGUCAUGGUACGGGUAUGUGUGGCCAAAUAAUGUUUACCUGGAUCCAAGGAUCGGAUCUGGAUCAUAAUUGCAAGAAAUGGCGAUUGUUUGCCGAUAUCAUGAACGACUCAGCCAUUCUGAUCGAGUUAACUGCACCAUUGUGGGCUACCUCUUGUAUCCAGUUUGUUUUGUGCCUGGCAAGCGUGGCUCGAAGUUUGGUUGGUGUGUCCGGAAGCGCAACACGAGCAGCCAUUACCCAACACCAAGCCCAGAAAAACAAUAUUUCCGAUGUUGCUGCCAAAGACGGCUCUCAAGAGACAUUAGUUGGUUUAAUAGCGCUGCUAUUGAAUCUCUUAAUCCUACCCUUGGUGGGCCAAGAAGAAACGCUCAAGUGGUUUCUCUUCUUUUUUAUGACUUGCCUCCACUUAUUUGCCAAUUAUCGGGCCGUAACCGCACUUCAGUUCCAAACGUUCAACCAAGAACGGUUUUUAAGGGUCAUCACCGAAUAUUUUCGAUCACAGAUUGUGUUGGAUGUUCCAGAAGGCAACCAACGAGAAUCUGUGCUAUUUGGCGGUCAAUUGAGCGAGUUUGGGUUGUGGGGAAAAAGGAUCCACUUUGGGGCCCCAUUUUCCAAGCUCAUCGCCUUGAAUUUGAUCUCGAAAUGGAAAAAUAGUCCCACCAAAGAGAAAGAGAACUUCUCUAUAAUUUCGAAUGAGAAAGACAUUUUGGUUAUCUUCGAGCGAAAUAUUGAGACAAACUCAGACGUGGGCCACAAGGCCUAUUUCCAGGCUUGCUGCUUGGCUCAAUAUGGUGACGAUGUACCUGCAAAUAUUGCUUUCGAAGAUUUUAAAUUGCAAGCCCAAGCUAAAGGGUGGGACUUUUCAGUUUUGCAGAUCAACUCUGAAGGAUUUUUUGGGAAAGAAAAGCAACAAUAGGCAGAAUCAAGAGACUUUUCAUCUCUGAGCAUAUCAUGUUACAAGGCUGCUUUAACAAAUUGCAUUUUUUAAUAAGUAUUGUUUUAAUACGUUAAGUUACGUCCUUGUAGCGUUGUAAUCUUUGAGUAAAAAACAAAUGCCCCUCCGAAAAUGUCAAUUUUAUAUGAUCUUUUCAUUCUUUGUGCACUUUCAGUGCAACCCAAGUGAAUACCCUCACAGUUAAUGUGAUACCUUGCAACUUUAAUGAGUUUAUUAGUGCACUUGUUUUUGUUACCGUGUUGUCAACUGCUAUAAAUUUGCAUACAUGAA